GCCAACACGCAAUAAUCCCUAAUUUGUUAGACUUAAGAGAGUACUGGGUAGUCCAUUCUUGGCUAAAAUCAGACAUCAAAUAAAGUUAUGCCAAUUUAAAUUAAUUAAGUCGCAGACAACACACCGAAGCUUGUAGUUUCAUGAAAUCCAAUUAUAGUUUGUCUCUCUAAACUAUAAUUAAACUCUAUAUACAUCAAGAAUUCAGUACUCUUCCAUGCAACUAGUUGCAUGGGCAUAAACGCCGCAUCCGUCCUUAACCACAUCAUUAAUGGCGAACCCACAAUCCCACACAACUCCAAAUUUCCAAAAUCUCAAGAAUCCAAAGCCUUAACUACAACAAUAAUCAACCACUUACGUUUAGGUAGACUUGGAAAAGCUGUAUCUGUUUUGUUCUCAGCUCCAACACCUUUCCCUUUUGCACUCUAUGCUCAUCUCUUUAAACUAUGUGCCUCAAAUAAGGCCAUUGUUGAAGUCCGUAAAGUUGAGUCACAUUUGGUUAGUUUUGCACCAACCCCACCUGUGUUUUUGCUCAAUAGAGCAAUUGAAGCGUAUGGGAAAUGUGGGUGUUUGGUUGAUGCCAGAGAACUGUUCGAUGAAAUGCCUCAAAGAGAUGGUGGUUCUUGGAAUGCUAUGGUUACUGCUUAUUCACAAAAUGGGUAUGCUGGAAAGGCAUUGGGGGUCUUUUUUGAUAUGCAUAGGUGUGGGGUUUUUGCUUCUGAGGUUACUUUUGCGAGUGUUCUUGGUUCUUGUGCGUCUACGUUGGCGUUUUGGGUAUCUAGACAGGUGCAUUGCCUUGUUUUGAAGUAUGGUUUUGGUGGUAAUGUGAUUUUAGGGAGUUCACUUGUGGAUGUGUAUGGGAAGUGUAGGAGAAUGAGUGAUGCAAGGAGAAUGUUUGAGGAAAUUAAGAGACCGAAUGAUGUUACUUGGAAUGUGAUUGUUAGAAGGUAUCUUGAGAUGGGUAAUGGAAAAGAGUCUGUCUUUAUGUUUUUCAAAAUGAUUAGUCUUAAUGCGAGGCCGUUGACAUUUACAGUAUCGAAUGCUCUAGUUGCUUGUUCUAGUUUUAAAGGAUUUCGUGAAGGAAUUCAAAUUCAUGGAUUCAGUAUCAAGAUUAAUUAUGAAGAGGAUGGAGUGGUUUCGUGCUCUCUGAUUGAUGUGUAUGUCAAAUGUGGGGAUGUAGUAAGUGCUCGGACAAUUUUUGACCUGUUGUCCCAUAAAAAUUUGAUUCAUUGGACUUCUGUGGUGUCGGGAUAUGCUAUGAGUGGGAAAACUAGGCAAGCAAGGGAGCUUUUUGAUAGGAUGCCUGAACGCAGCAUAGUUUCAUGGAAUGCAAUGCUAGCAGGAUAUACGCGUAAUUCACAAUGGGAUGAAGCAAUGGAGUUAAUCAUUUUAAUGUGCAAUGAUACGAGCGACAUUGAUCAUAUGACACUAAGUUCGAUCCUAAAUGUUUCUGCUGGGCUUUCAGAUGUUGAAUUGGGGAAGCAGGUUCAUGGAUACAUGUAUAGGCAUGGUUUCUACUCCGACUUGUGUGUUGCCAAUGCGCUUCUUGAUAUGUAUGGCAAAUGUGGGAACUUGAGAAAGGCUAGAGCUUGGUUUUACGAAAUGAGUCAUUUCCGAGAUAUGGUUUCUUGGAAUGUUUUGUUGAGUAGCUAUGCUCGUCAUAGGAUGAGUGAAGAAGCUUUAGUGAUUUUCUGUGAUAUGCUAGGAGAGGCAAUGCCUAGUAAAUUCACUUUUGCUACUAUCUUGGCGGGUUGUGCAAAUAUUUUUGCUCGUGAACAAGGUAAACAAAUCCAUGGGUUUAUGAUUAGAAAUGAUUAUGAUUUGGACAUCGUGAUGAGAGGAGCUUUGGUUGAUAUGUAUUCCAAAUGUCGUUGUCUUGACUAUGCUCUGAAUGUUUUCUUUGAGACUCCUGUGAAAGAUGUUGUUCUGUGGAAUUCUGUGAUGCUGGGAUGUUAUUAUAACAAACAAAGUGAAGCGUUAUUGCAAUUGUUUGAGUUGAUGAAGGAGGACAGAGUGAAGCCAGAUAGUACUACCUUCCAAGCUGUAUUGCUUGCAUGUAUUUCUCAGGGUUGUGUGGAAUUGGGUGGAGAGUAUUUCAAUUCAAUGAGUCAUGAUUACUUUAUUAUACCACAGUUGGAGCAUUACGAAUCCAUGAUUAAGCUAUAUGGUCUGCAUGGAUUCUUUGAUGAGCUUGAAGAUUUUGUUAAGAAGAUGCCAUUUCAACCCACAGCCCUUAUGUUAACAAGAGUUUUUGACUUUUCCAAGGAAUAUGAUAACACACGGUUAGGAAAAUGGGCUGUCAGACAUCUCAAUCUUCUGAAGGACUGAAAUUUUCUAUUCCGUUCUGCUUCAAAGUUAUGGACAAGAUCUAACUUGUAACAAGGUGGGCCAAGGCAAUUGUCACUAGAACAUGUAGACACAAGCCUGCUUGUGCACUUUGGAACUUUUUCAGUGUGCCAGAUUGCUGAAUAUUGCUCUCAGACUAAAUAUUUCACUGGGGCCAAAUACUGCAGAGAAGCAGAUCCCCAGAAAGUGCUUGAACUUAUGAAUAUAUGCAUAAUUCGAGCACAACAAUAUUUUUGAACUGUAAUGCAUAGAAGUUAUUUUUUAGGUGGCCGCCACAUAACUCCUUGUGUUAUGAAAGAUGAUCAUUUGUGGUGGCUUUGGCAUUUUCCACAAGAAGUGGCUGUGUACAGUCAUAAGUUGAUGGUGGUCUCUAACGGAUAUAUAGGGAGCACAUCUUCCUUUCCCAGGGUAAUUUGGGUGGAAGAAAAUGUGUUUGCUUCUUUUUGAUGCGUAUGAAGUUGUACCUACGGCAUUUAAUACGUGCUUAUUUAUGAAAUCACUUUUUUUUUCCAAUAAAACUAAUUUAAUUUUCUCGGUUUUCCCAGUGCUCGGCGACCGUUUCACCUUUACCUGAAAGGUUUUACUGAAAUGUUUAGAAUAGAUGGUUCUUGAAGCCAGCACACUUUCACGUGCAUUAUCCUGCUUAUGGGACAUAGCGCAGCCCACCCAAUUUGAGACUUCAUUUCACAAUUCAUGGUUCAUGGGUUGACCUUUCAUGGUCAAGAUGGUAUUUCAAAGGGAUCUCUUGAGUUCUAGGAGUGUCAUAUCACAAAUGGGGUAUCGUCUGGACAGAAGCAGACCGAUGACCAAUGGAGAAGGAAAGCUAUUCAAUUAAACAACAAUUUGAGGUCAAUUCCCUACAGAUGGUGGAUCUAUUAUUCUGACAAGGUUGCUUCAAAGAAACUGGGGACAACAGGCUUUUCGCUUGAGCGUGGUAGAACUAGUCUAAGGUGAUCAUGGGCGAAGAAAUUGGUUCUUAAUUAAGAUGUAUAAGUUAUGUGUGUGAAAGAGCCAUUGUAUGAGGAUUGCACUCCCGUUGCUAUCAUUGAACCAGCGGAAAAGACUACUCGCAUAGAUGGGUGAAAAGAUGAUGUUGGUUAAGCUGACUUCAGGAUUCUUCUUACUUUAUCUGACCGGAGGCCAACAGACGAGUUCAUUGUAGUCCUGCAAGCAGUGGAACAAGGCUGGGUGAUCGCAAUAAGUCUAGUUCUAAGUCAUGUCGGAAGGUAAAAAAACAGCAAACGCAAGUGCAUUUAGGAGCUACAAAUCUGCUAUGGGGGAAGGGAAGGUCUUUAAAUUUUGUUUUGAUUAAGUUUAAAGUGAUUUUUUACUACAAGUUAGGCUUCUUUUUCUUUCUCUACGGAGAAAGAAAACGUAGAAUUUUUAAGGGUGUAGAACACCUUUUUCGUAGAGUUAAUUUUUCUUUUUUGCUAUUUAGACUUUAGCUCAUUUUUAUGCUGGAUUGGAAAGAUCAUUUCCUUGCUACUUUUGUGUUGGCUAGAUAUCAGAGGUAAUAGUGUUGUUGUCGGAAA